CAGGACGGGGUGUGCAUGCUGUGGGCACCCAGUCAUCUGAUUUGGUACAGGUGGUAUCGAAGCUGGUGUCAGCUAUCGAUCGUUCUGGUUUGAUUGCAGGUACAGGAUAGCCGCAGGCGAUGCUCUGCCAGUGGUGCGAGAGCACCCAUCACACUGUGGAAGACUGCCAAGCGAUGGAGGAAUCGACAACACCCCAGGAUCAGCUGAACUUCAUCAACAAUGUUAGGCGCAACGACCCCUACAGCAAUACUUACAACGAGGGGUGGCGCCAGCAUCCCAACUUCUCAUGGGGUGGGGCAAAUUCCAGACCACCAGUCCCCCAGGGACCACCGGGCUUCCAGAGGCCACCAUAUCAGCCCAGACAGGGGCAAUUCCAGCAGCAGCAGUCUCUCUACCAGCCCAUGCAGGGGCAUGCUGCUCCAUCACAGCCGCGACCUUUCCAGCAGCCAGGUGCAGCCCCUGCCGCCCCAGUGCAGAAUGAUCAGAUGGCUGAACUGCGGGAAUUGGUGGGUUCUCUCGCCAGUUCUAGUGCUCAAAAAUCUAACACUAUCGAGCAGUUCAUGGAAAAGGCAUCGGGUAAAUUCCUGGCUCUUAAAGCUGGCCAGAGGAACACACAGGCUGUCUUGCAGGAUAUCCAAACCCAGCUGGGGAGUGUGGCUCAAGCAGUGGCACAAAGGGCUCCUGGUACCUUGCCCGGUCAGACCAUCCCUCACCCUCAGAAUCCGAAUGAGCACUGGAAUGCCAUCAUAACCAGAAGUGGCAAGAUGACUAUUGAUCCACCUGCUCGGGCACAAGAGAGAGAGGCCCCUGCCUUGGCAUCUCCAGCAGCUGAAGAAGAAGUAGAGAAGGAGGUUGAGGUGCUUGCACCUAAACCGCAACCAGUAGUGAAGGAGUAUAUCCCUAAACUCCCCUUCCCUACUCGGUUGCACAAAGACAGGCUGGAGGCAGAGUUCGAGAACUUCAUGGCCAUGCUUAGGAAGCCGAAUUUCCAAGUGCCUUUCCUGGAGGCACUAUCUCAAAUGCCUAAGUAUGCGAAGUUCCUGAAGGAUCUUCUCUCAAAGACGCAGAAGCUGAGCGAGCUGGCCACUGUGGAGCUCAGCGAGGAGUGCUCGGCCAUUCUGCAGAACAAGCUUCCGCAGAAACAGAAGGACCCUGGUAGUUUUACUAUCCCGUGCUCUAUAGAGAAUUUGCAUGUAGAGAGGUCAUUGGCGGAUUUAGGUGCUAGUAUAAAUGUUAUGCCAUAUAAACUGUUUAAGAAACUAGGCCUAGGUGAACCCCGUGCUACAAGGAUGAGCCUUCAAUUAGCAUACCGAUCUGAAGUGCAUCCUAGGGGCAUAGUGGAAGACCUUCUGGUUAAGGUUGGCAAAUUCAAUUAUCCUGUUGAUUUUGUGAUUUUGGACAUAAAUGAGGAUGUGAAUGUGCCAUUGAUACUGGGAAGGCCUUUCCUGGCCACCGCCAAGGCCCUCAUAGAUGUGCAUGAUGGGACCUUAGUUUUGAGGGAUGGUGAGGAGCGAAUAGCGUUUUCAAUUUCUAAUACUCGUCCUGCUUCGUCACCUUUGCAUGUUGUAUCUCACCAGGAGCACGAGUCUGUCGUGUAUCCUCCUGUGAUGCCUAUUUUGCAGGAUCCGCCUCCCAUACCUUUGCCGCCACUCCCGUCCACUCCGUCAUCGAAGGAACAAAUCAGGGAGGAGUGGCGGCCGAAACAGCAGGCAGCUAAGCCUGCUCGAAAGAAAGGCGAAGACCACUAUGAGCUGGUCCCGCCCCCACCUUGGCCAUCCGAGUAUUCACUCGCUUGCAUCCUGCCGGAUGGCCAAGUUGAAUUGGCAAAUGCUGGUGGCCACAUUCGGCGUGUGCAUGGCCAUCAUUUGAAGUUGUACCUCAAGAGCGAGGUGGAUCCGCUCUUGAAGGCACCUGCUCCUUCACCUCACUGAGCAUCCACCGACUGGCGUCCAGCUAAAAGACGGUAAAAAAGCGCUUGUGGGGAGGCAACCCCACCUAGGUUUGCAUUUUCUUACCUUUUUCCUUUUGAUUUUUUGUGUUUUUUGAGUCUUGAGGGGUUGUUCACAAGUUGUAUGUCGUUCUGGAGUGAAAACAGGUCAUUUUCGGAGUUCUGGCAGCUCACACGGCCAGCCCUGAAUGUCACACGGCCGUGUGGAAAAUAAUUUUGGCCGUGUGAG